UUCGAAAAGUUUAGUAUUCAAAGAAAAAAGUUUAUUUAUCUUAACAACAAAGUUUCGAGUUCGUGGAAAGAAAAGGAUAAUUUAAAAAAAAAAAUCUGUGCUUUUCCCUGCCGUGAGAAACAAGAGAGUAGUUCCAGUAUUCCCCCGGAGCCAGCUAAAUUCUAGACGCAAACAGCCGUUUCAGGAGCAUUUCAGCACACAUAAGCAGUGAAAGUGCAUAACGUUCGAGUGCUUAGUGCAAAGUAUUAAAGCGAAAAACAACAAGUAAACAAAUAGUAAACAAGUGUUUAGUAAACACAUUGUAUAAAUUUUUGAUUUAAAAAACAACCACAAAACAAAACACACAAAACAAAAUGAUGGCCGUCGCUGCUGCCCAAAAGAACCGCGAGAUGUUCGCUAUCAAGAAAUCCUACAGUAUUGAGAAUGGCUAUCCAUCCCGUCGCCGCUCGCUGGUCGAUGAUGCACGCUUCGAGACCCUCGUGGUCAAGCAGACCAAACAAACCGUGCUGGAGGAGGCGCGCAACAAGGCAAAUGAUGCCUCCUUGGAGGAAUGCAUUCAGCAAGCCAAGGGCGAGCACAUUCCCGCCGAGCAAAAUGUUGAGCUGCAGGAUGAGCAGCCCAACUUUGAGAACUUGCCAGCCGAGGAAGAAUAUGUUGCAGUUGAUGAAAUUGAAAGUGAAGUCGCUGUUGAGUCCGAAGCUCAGCAAAGUGGCGACGAGCAGCCACACAAGAACGAUUACGGCAUCACCGAGGAUGAAAUUGUAUUGGCCAAUGCUGUCUCGGAAUCCGCAGAGGCGGAGGCUGCCAUGCAGAGCGCCGCCUUGGUGGUGCGUCUCAAGGAGGGCAUCUCCUCGUUGGGUCGCAUCCUCAAGGCCAUCGAGACCUUCCACGGCACCGUUCAGCAUGUGGAGUCGCGCCAAUCGCGCGUUCAGGGCGUCGAUCACGAUGUGCUCAUCAAGCUGGACAUGACGCGUGGCAAUCUGUUGCAGCUCAUCCGUUCGCUGCGUCAAACGGGCUCCUUCAGCAGCAUUAACUUGCUGGCCGAUAACAACAUUAGUGUGAAGGCACCAUGGUUCCCCAAGCAUGCCUCCGAGCUGGACAACUGCAACCAUUUGAUGACCAAGUAUGAGCCCGAUUUGGACAUGAACCAUCCCGGUUUUGCCGACAAGGUCUAUCGUCAGCGUCGCAAGGAAAUUGCCGAAAUCGCUUUCGCCUACAAAUACGGCGAUCCCAUCCCCUACAUCACCUACUCUGACGUUGAAGUGAAGACCUGGCGUUCGGUGUUCCGCACUGUGCAGGAUUUGGCGCCCAAGCAUGCCUGUGCCGAGUAUCGUGCUGCUUUCCAGAAGUUGCAGGAUGAACAGAUCUUUGUGGAUAAUCGCCUGCCGCAAUUGCAGGAAAUGUCCGACUUUUUGCGUCGCAACACGGGCUUCACUUUGCGCCCGGCAGCUGGUCUUUUGACCGCCCGCGACUUUCUCGCCUCUCUGGCCUUCCGCAUCUUCCAGAGCACACAGUAUGUGCGUCAUGUGAACUCUCCAUACCACACACCCGAACCUGAUUGCAUUCAUGAGCUGUUGGGUCAUAUGCCACUGCUGGCCGAUCCAAGCUUUGCACAAUUCUCGCAGGAGAUUGGUUUGGCCUCUCUGGGUGCCUCUGAUGAAGAAAUCGAAAAGCUAUCCACGGUCUACUGGUUCACUGUUGAGUUCGGUCUCUGCAAGGAACACGGUCAGAUCAAGGCCUAUGGUGCUGGUCUGCUCUCCUCAUAUGGCGAGCUCUUGCACGCCAUUAGCGACAAGUGCGAGCAUCGCGCCUUCGAGCCCGCCUCCACUGCUGUGCAACCGUAUCAGGAUCAGGAAUAUCAGCCCAUUUAUUAUGUGGCCGAGAGCUUUGAGGAUGCCAAAGACAAGUUCCGUCGCUGGGUCUCCACCAUGUCGCGUCCAUUUGAGGUGCGCUUCAAUCCACACACCGAGCGCGUUGAGAUACUCGACUCUGUCGACAAACUGGAGACUCUGGUGCAGCAAAUGAACACGGAGAUUUUGCAUCUGACAAAUGCCAUCUCGAAAUUGCGACGCCCGUUCUAAGAAGCAAUUUCCAAAGCAAAUCGAGAGAGAGCCAAUCACAAUCUACAGGAGCAACUACAGGUGCAACGGUCUCAUUAAAUACAAAUUAAUUUUAAAUUGACAUACCAUACAAAAAAAAAAAAAACACACACAUACAAACAUAAAAAAAACACGACCUCCCCACCACUCACACACAUAUACAGCGAACCAGCAAUCCAAAAUUAAGGCACCGCAUUGAUAAUUUUUGUUUCAAUUUUUUUUUCGCUUUUUAUUUGUUUUCUGUUUUUGGUUUAUUUUUAAACAAAGUAGUUUCUUUUAAUUCGAUUCUCCUCAUACAAUUGGUAAAAAAUAUAUAUUUAUUGUUUUCGUCUUUAGUUGAUCUUAACUACUAUGCCACACCAUUAUUUUCAUUUAUUUAUCACCCCAACUAUUAUUGGACCAAAAAAUCGUUAGACUCUAAGUGAUGUGAAAACAAAGCGUAAGCAAAGCAAAGCAAACUUAAGUAAGAGCUGCAAAGUUCGAAAAAAAUGCACGCAAAAAAAAAAAAAACUAAAUGAAAAGAAAUGGAAAAUGGAAAGCACAUUUUACACAAUUUACAUAACAUAACCACUUGUAUACUCAACCACAGAUUGUUUUUGUAUUAUUUUUUCUAAAUAUUUGCCUAGAUUAUACAUUCAUGCGCGAUACCUGGUUGUCGUUCGUUUUGUAUAUAUGUUCGUAAUCGUAAAUAGCUAUGUGAGAACCACUUUGUAUUGCCUAACUAAAUGUUUUAGAGAGAAUUUAUCGAAAGUUUUUUCUUGUACAAUAACUGCAACGACAAUAUUAUUAUUGUGUACUAUUAUUAUUAUAUUAUUAUAUUAUAUAAAAAUGCUUAUGACUAUUAUGU